CACUCGAACAGGAAAAACAUCCACCACCAAUUCCUUAGAAGCCCCCCGGCUCAAUAUUCAACCACCAAAAUUUAGCUUUUCUCGAAGUCUUGAAGAUGAACGCAUUUCGAAGAGCAUUGUCCACCAUGGCUACUGUUAAGAGACCCAGCAAGAUUGUCUGCAUUGGCCGCAACUACGCGGACCAUGUGAAGGAACUUAACAACGUGAGGCCAAAGCAGCCUUUUUUCUUCCUCAAGCCUCCCACCACACUUCUCCAGCCCGGUGAGGGCCCUGUCAUCGCGCCCAAGGGCGUAAACCUGCACUAUGAGAUCGAGCUGGCUCUCAUAAUUGGCAAGAAGGUCACAGACCUUGAUGCUUCGGACGAGAAGGCCGCAUUCGAUGCCAUUGACAGCUAUGCGCUGUCAAUUGACAUGACUGCGCGCAACAUUCAGGAGGAGGCCAAGAAGAAGGGUCUCCCCUGGGACAUCUCCAAGGGAUUCGACACCUUCCUGCCCGUCAGCAAGGUGAUCCCCAAGUCCAAGAUCCCAGACCCGCACAACAUUGAGAUCUGGCUCAAGGUGAACGGCGAGACGCGCCAGGAGGACUCGACCAACCUGUUCCUGUUCCAGAUCCCCCGUGUGCUGAGCGACAUCUCCAAGGUCAUGACGCUCGAGGAGGGCGACAUUGUCAUUACUGGCACCCCCAAGGGCGUCGGCCCCGUGCUGCCGGGCGAGGUGAUGACUGCUGGUAUUAGGGUGGACGGCAAGGAGCUGGAGGAGGCGGCGAUGGAGGUGCCGGUGGCGGAGAGCAAGUCAGCCUACGUGUUUGCUGAGACAUAAAAGUAGCACCAAGUCACAGAGACAGGAUGUGGCUAGAUUGUGUUUUCUGUAUGUGUAUUUUGGGAAUCACUACGCAUAGACUUUUUAUACAGAUACCAUUUUUCGGAUG